GUAUAUCCCUAGUUUCACUGAGAGCCGAGAUGCUGCCGCACAUCAAGCGCUUGCACAAGGCCCGGCUUCCAGUCAGCUACAGCGACCAGUAUUUCAACGAAGCUCUGCAAAGCAGCUGGUCCCGGGCAGCCAUGUAUGAAGGUACCAUCGCGGGAGCUUUGAUUUGCAAGGAGAUGGACGGAGGACUUCGAGUCCAAAGCCUUGUAGCUGCGGUUCCGCGACGAGGCAUUGGCUCGAAACUGUUGCGAAACCUCUGCCAUGAAGCAGAGAAGUCUGGCAUACAAAAGCUUAGCCUUCACGUCCAUGUCAGGAACGAAGCGGCGAUUGCACUCUACAAGAUGCUGGGUUUCAGGACUGAGCGACGGAAGCCAAACUACUAUUUUCGCAGU